AUGAGUUCGUCAAGGCUUACGCUGCCCAUCUCAAACGCUCUGGCAAGAUUGAGUUGCCACCGUGGACAGACAGUCAAGACUGGUAAACUCAAGGAGCUUGCUCCUUAUGACCCUGACUGGUACUACAUCAGAGCUGCAUCGAUGGCGAGGAAAGUGUACUUGAGAGGUGGACUUGGAGUUGGUGCGUUCCGUAGAAUCUAUGGAGGAAGCAAGAGAAACGGAAGCAGACCACCUCAUUUCUGUAAGAGCAGUGGUGGUGUUGCUCGUCACAUUCUUCAGCAGCUUCAGACCAUGAACAUUGUUGACCUUGACACCAAAGGGGGGAGGAAGAUCACAUCAAGUGGUCAGAGAGAUCUUGACCAAGUCGCUGGAAGGAUCGCAGCUGCCGUCUAA